UGAUAUAACACUUUUUCUGUCACAUUUAGCAACUUAACGUUUUAUUGCUCAGCCUGCUAUGCUUUGCUUCUAGGUUUUGCUCCAGUCAGAAAAAUAGACAGAGCUGCAGAGGAGAAUAGACGAAACAUCUGAGGGUACCCGGCUCCAGUGCCCGGUCAGAUCUUUGCUGUGCUUCCUGACUGCUGAGCUGGAGCGCACAUAACAGGCUACCACAGGAAUCCACAAGCUUAUACCCCAUUUACAACUUUCACAGGCAAUUUCUGCUCAGACCCAUCGAACUGUCCAUGGCACGUGUUUUCUCGCUGUUCAGCUCUCACCCUCUUCUGACCUUUGUGCGGAGGAGGAAACCUACACUGUGCAAAAUGUCAAUGGACUCACGGGCACGCAAAGUGUUUGCAGCUGCAGUGGAGGCUGUGCAGCCAGACACUGUGGUCCGACACAGUGUAGAGCGCAAGGAGGACUCAGCCAUUAUCGAUGGUCAUAAAUUUCCACUCAAACACAACCUGCACAUAGUGGGCUUUGGAAAGGCUGUAUUGGGUAUGGCUGCAGAGACGGAGAGGAUUCUGGGGGACCACUUAGUGAAAGGAGUCAUUAGCGUGCCACACAUGAUUAAGCAUAAUAAAAAUUCUCACUUCCACCACAGUCAUCUGUUGUUAAAAGACAACAAUUGCAUCAAAGUAAUUGAAGGAGCCAAACACAACUUGCCUGAUGCUAAUGCCCAGAUGGCAGCUGAAAAGAUCAAGCAUUUAGCCAGUGAACUGACAGAAAAAGACUUGCUGCUUGUGCUGAUUUCAGGUGGAGGCUCUGCGCUAUUACCUGCACCUAUCCCACCAAUCUCAUUGCAAGAGAAACUGGAUGUCACCCGCAGACUUGCAGCUGCUGGUGCCACUAUUCAACAGCUGAACACUGUACGUCUUGCCCUUUCUCUCUUAAAGGGUGGGGGACUUGCACAAUAUGCCCACCCUGCACAGGUGGUUGCCCUGAUACUGUCUGAUGUGAUUGGGGAUCCAUUGGACCUGAUAGCCAGUGGGCCCACAGUGCAGAAUGAGGUGGGGCCUGAGGACGUUUUGUUAGUCCUUGAACAAUACAAGCUGUUAAACUCUCUACCAUCAUCAGUAAAAGAUGUCCUUGGGAGACCAGGGACCUGGUGUAAAGUGAGUGAAGAUGAAACAGAUAAGGCAGAACAUGUUCUCAACGUUGUGAUUGGCUCCAACAGUGUUGCCCUCAAGCAUGCAGGUCUCUGUGCCCGAGAGCUGGGUUUCCGACCUGUUAUUCUAUCACCAGGAGUGUGUGGUGAUGUAAGGUUAGUCUCCAGACUUUAUGGCCUCCUGGCCCGCUUUGCCUGUUCACGAGAGGAGCCUUCACCUGAUAUUUCUGCUGAGCUGCUGAGGCUGGGACCUGAGGUGGGUGUGCAGACAUGGGACCUGUGUCGUACCAUGCAGGUCUUGGGUGAAGGCCGUACAGAAGGAUGGGGUGCUACGUGUCUGUUAGCUGGAGGAGAGCCCACUGUGAAGUUGACGGGAAAGGGUCGAGGUGGUCGAAACCAGGAGCUGGCUCUGCAAGUGGGACUGGAGCUGAGAGGCCUGGAACCCCCACCUAUUGGUCCUGUAUUCCUGAGUGGUGGAACUGAUGGUCAGGAUGGACCCACUGAAGCAGCAGGGGCCAUUACGGAUGCUAGGCUGUAUGAGGAAGCACAAGCGCAGGGGCUGGAUGUUGACCACUUCCUUAUCAACAAUGAUUCUUACACCUUUUUUUCACAGCUUUCUGCUGGGCAACAUUUAGUUGUACCUGGCCUAACCUGCACCAAUGUGAUGGAUGUGCAUGUGCUACUUCUUCCAUCAAUAUAAAAUAGACUAUUUGCAAAACACAUAACAGUAAAAAUUGAGAAUAAUGCACAUUAUGUAGGUUUAGGAAUUGUUUGUUUUUUCAGCAGAUCUGACUUGGCACUAUAGUACCAUGUGUCUUGUCUCACUGACAUAUAACCUGGG